GCAGAAUAAGAACGAAGUUCAACAGAGUGGCCGUACGCUCGUCCUCACACUAGAAGACACCCAAGGAGUACUCAGUGCCACAGACAGUGGUCUGACGGAGUCUGAUGCGAUGCAGUUGUGGAACCAUCUGGUGGCGUACAAGCUACAGCCACCCGAGUAUGAAGGGGGGCAGAAGGAUGACAAGGAUGAUGACGAUGAUGAUGAUGAUGAUGAGACGAGUAUGUGGAGAGUUGAGUCAAAUAUGGUUGUACUUGUGUGUAUGUAUGUGUAUAAGUUUGUGGUUGGUUGA